AUGCCUGCAUUAUUCAGUGGCUACAUUGGCGGUAGGUGGUUUGUAAUAAGGUGAAUCACAUUGCAUAAAAUUUGCUUGUGUAAUUAAACAGAGCAGGCUUAAUAGAGCCCAGUCUGUUUGCCCAGUAUAGACUUGCUUAAUUCCAUAAUUCUUGCACGGGAGUAACUAUAAACAUUUUUCUGCAAUGUGCCUUAUUUUGUUACAAUAACUUUACUCUCUGAAUAUAUCACAACAGCCUGUUCAAGAUUCCUCUUGGAUGAAACAGGCUGUUGUGGUAACCUUUUGAGGUAAAACAAACUAUAUCUGUUCCAUACUGUAUAUAUGGCAUUGAGUACUCUUUAGCAUUUCGUGAACUAAAGUGCACUCGCAUUUGUAUACACUGUUACUGUAUUUAAUAUAUGUUUAUUUAUGGCACUUCCUGUAACUGUAACAUUCAAUCAAAUUGUAAUUUAGGGACAAAAAAUUGCCCGCGAAACAUUGCCAAAAUGUAGAAUAUCAUAUCGAUGGCAAUUAUUUGUUUACAGUGAUGUAUUAAAAUCGGAAGGCCUGCAUAAUGCCUAUGCCGUCUGAAACCGGUCUUUGGUAUUUUAGGGCAAUUAAAACGCAUGCAUAAGGAUGAAAAUGAAGGAAAUGUCAUUUCGAAGAAAAUAAAAGUUGAUGUUUGCGAUGUUGAUCCAUUAGACAUUGGUAAUUUUGUUGGAACUACACAUGAAAUUAAUGACGACACCAAGCAUAAUAUCAUCAAAAAUCAUUGGCAUCCACAUUCUACAUUUAAUUUUCCUUUCCGUGAAUUUGGUGCUGACCCCAAGAAGCCAAUCGUCGUAGAUUUUCCCUUCAAUGGUUCAAGCGCUGGUCCUGGUUGUGUUACUCUAAACUUUAUGAUGGAGCAUUUUGCCUUUGUUGUGUGUUAUUUGGAAAGGAAACAGGACAUAAUGGAACAAAGCUAA